AUGUCCGCCCUGAAAUCUGUCUCUUCCUAUAGACUCGCGACUCUCCUCCGCCGUGAGAAUGAUCCGUCCGCCGCAAUUAAGCUUUUCCGAAACCCUUUUCCAGAAUCAACAAACCCCAAAAAACCCUUCAAAUACUCACUUCUUUGCUACGAUAUCAUCAUCACGAAACUCGGUAGCUCCAAGAUGUUCGAAGAGCUAGAUCAAAUACUUCUCCAGCUCAAGACUGAUACUCGAAUCGUUCCUACAGAGAUUAUAUUUUGUACCGUGAUCAAUUUCUUCGGCCGUGGAAAGUUACCCAGUCGUGCGCUCCACAUGUUCGACGAAAUGCCUCAAUACCGUUGUCAACGCACUGUGAAAUCCGUGAACUCUCUGUUGAAUGCGCUUUUGAAGUGUGGGGAGUUUGAAAAAAUGAGGGAACUUCUUUUGAGUAUUGAUAAGUUUGGUAAGCCAGAUGCUUGUACUUACAAUAUACUGAUCAAUGGAUAUUCAAAGACCGGGUUUUUCGAUGAUGCUUUGAAGGUAUUCGAUGAAAUGGUUAAGAAAAAGGUAAAGCCUACUGGUGUAACCUUUGGGACAUUGAUUCAUGGGUUGUGUAAGAAUUUGAGGUUGAAAGAAGCGUUGAAGAUGAAGCAAGAUAUGUUAAAAGUGUAUGGAGUUUGUCCCACAGUUCAUAUUUAUGCGUCGUUGAUUAAAGCGGUAUGUGGAAUCGGUGAAUUGAGUUUAGCGUUUAAGUUAAAGGACGAGGCGUAUGAAGGAAAGAUUAAAGUAGACUCAGCUAUCUACUCUACGUUGAUUAGCUCGCUUAUAAAAGCUGGAAGGUCUAGCGAGGUUUCGGGGAUCUUGGAAGAAAUGAGUGAAAAAGGAUGCAAACCCGACAUAGUGACUUACAAUGUACUGAUUAACGGUUUCUCUGUUGAGAACGAUAUCGAAUCAGCUUAUCGAGUUUUGGAUGAAAUUGUAGAGAAGGGUUUGAAACCAGAUGUUAUAAGCUACAACAUGAUCCUUGUCGCCUUGUUUAGAAUCCAAAAAUGGGAAGAAGCAACUUACUUGUUUGAAGACAUGCCUCGAAGAGGUUGCAUCCCUGAUGUCUUAUCUUAUAGGAUAGUUUUCGACGGGCUUUGCAAAAGUUUACAGUUCGAAGAAGCAACAAUUAUCUUGGACGAAAUGCUUUUCAAAGGCUACAAGCCUCACAGAGAUAGGCUAGAAAGAUUUCUGCAAAGACUAAGUGAGAUUGGAAAGUUGGAAAUUCUCGGUAAAGUUAUCGGUAGCUUGCAUAGAGGAAAUGCUAUUGAUUCAGAUCUCUGGAAGAAGUUCCUUUAUCAGCAAUACCGCGAUGCUAGGUCACUUGUGGUGCAAGUUGGUGUUUCCUUGAACCUUGUUCAGGUGUGUAAGAAUGAUUCAAGGGCACGAUCAGUAUCAUUGAAUGAAGGUGUUGAAGAAGUCCUAAGUUUAUCUGAUUCAGGACAAGAGUUCAGAGGAAUGAAUUUUGGAGUGAAGAUGAUGCAGAAGAAAGUGGCGGUUCUUUACCAUUAUCCUUGCCAUGACGGUGUUUUCGCAGCUUUAGCCGCGCAUCUCUACUUCUCGGCGAAUUCAAUCCCUUCGCUUUUCUUUCCAAACACAGUUUACUCUCCAAUCACAAUCAGCCAACUUCCUCUUCAAGAAAUCAGUCAUCUCUAUCUUCUUGAUUUCACAGGACAGCCCGGUUUCGUGCACCAAGUCUCUCCUAAAGUCGACAAUGUCGUGAUCCUCGACCACCAUAAAACCGCUAUUGAGAGCUUAGGUGAUGUCUCUUCGACUUGCAAGAACGUUACCAAAGUUUUGGAUAUAGGGAGAAGCGGCGCGACGAUUGCUUAUGACUAUUUUACUCAGAAGCUGAUUGAAGAAUGUCGAGGUAAUUGCAGAGAGAUGAAUGAUUUCAAGAGAAUGAGACGUGUUUUCGAGUACAUUGAAGACGCGGAUAUCUGGAAGUGGAAAUUACCGGAGAGCAAAGCAUUCAACAGCGGAAUAUUGGACUUAAAGAUCGAAUACGAUUUCAAUCAGAACCAAUCACUGUUUCAUCAGCUACUCUCAUUGGAUCAUGACAGUGUGAUCAACAGAGGAAAAGAGAGUUUAUCUAGGAAACAUAAACUGAUUCACGAGGCGCUGGAACAGUCCUACGAGAUUGUUCUUGGAGGCGAUGAAGAGUUUGGUCGGUGUUUAGCUGUAAACGCAGAUGAGAUUGCGGAACUUAGAAGCGAACUCGGGAAUCAAUUAGCUGAGAAGAGCAAGAAUCUGAAGUUCCGAGGUAUUGGAGCUGUUGUUUACAGAGUCCCCGAGCUUGGAGAUGAGACCAAACUGAAAGUAAGUUUGAGGAGUGUUGCGGAAGAAGACACAACACCGGUUUCUCAGAGAUUCGGAGGUGGUGGUCAUAAGAAUGCAAGCUCCUUCUUGUUAAGCUCCAUGGAGUUUGAGCAAUGGAAGGUGAAAUAG